UGCCUCUGCAAUGUCAGCAGCCGCACCGGCGGCGGCGGCAGCAGCAGCAGCAGCUGCAGCGGCAGCGGCAGCGGCGGCGGCUCAGUAGAAGCAGGGAAGAUCCUGGUUAGAACCGAGAAGCCGGUACACACGCAGCUAGGCUCCCUGGAGGAAAGUGGCAGCCCCUGGGGCUGAGAUUAGCCACCCUAACUGCCCAUCUCCUCCUUUCAUCCAGGAGACAGCGUGAGCCCCGGAGUCUGGCUGUCCCGGAGGACACCCCUCAGAACGAGGCACGACUUUGCAGGGGGGAGGGAGAACAGCCCCGGAAUCUCUCUCCCACCCAACACCCCCCACGGCAGUGCUUGCCCGCAGUCUCUCUCCAGUCCUCCAGCUCGCUCACUUUCGAGACCUGCUCUCUCAGAAGCCCGUGAAGAGCCUGAGGAUAGCACAACAAAGAAGAAUCAGGAAUUAGGAACUGGGAAACCUGCUCAUAGCCGCUGGAGAGACUAGGAUACAUCAAGACUAUAUCUGCCGCCACCACCCCCGUCGCAGCCCCCCCCCACUGAGCAACACUCUGUCCCCAAACCCCUUUUCACCCCUCGCCCCCAUCUUCCUUCCUGCCUAGGCUGCUCAGCUAUUGAUCAACCUCUGAGUGCCCCGAGAGGGAAGGAGACUCCUCGCUUGCGGUACAGCAGCCCCCUCUAUCUCUCCCUUCAGAAGGGGGAAAGAAAUAGAAGGGAGGAGAGAAGAGGAAUAAUCAUAUGACCGUGGUAAUAAAUAACCUGAAGAAAGCCUGUCCUGCUAGCUCAGAUGCUGCAAUGCUGCCAGCUCUGAGUGUGGGGAGAGGCAGCCUCUGAGGGAGCCGUCACAGCCGGCCCCCAUCUCCUGCGCAGCCCCAGGAGCCUCCGCUCCAGCUUUCUUCCCCCGGCGCCCAAGCCCCCGCCGCGCGAGCCGCUUUCCUGACCGGCUGGCAGAAAGCAGAAGGAAAAAGAAGCAAGUUGUCCUACAGCAGCGUCGGCGGCGGCGGCGGCGGCCGCCAAAGCAGCCAGACGUCCAGCUUCUCGCAGCCCGCCUGUCCUCCAGCCCCGCGUCCCCGCCCCUCCGCGCGGCGCCGUGUGUGCGCCUCUCUUCCCCUCAUCCUCUCCUGCUUCACUGGGUUAGCGCGGAGUACGCUGCUGGGGCGGUUCGCUCCAGGUCGGCAGCCGGGGAAGAAGUCAAGUCAGUCGCCAGAAUCUAGGAAAGAAGGGGUGCUUUUCUCCCGGCUCGCCCGAGCCACGGAAGAAGAAGAUUAAGAUGGCCACUCUGCUCCGGAAAAUCGGGCUCAUCCGGCUGCACAACCGGGACACGGAGGACCCCAAACAUCACCACAACCAUCUCCACAGCAGCAGCCAGCACGGCCGCGGCGGCGGCGGCGGCGGCGGCGGUGGCGGCGGCGGCUCCUCGCUGAGGGGCAAAGGCAACCAGAAGAACCACAGUAACAAGCAGCAGCCGCAGAAUGCUCCGGGAGGAGGGGGCGGCUGCAGCGGCGGCGGCGGCGAAGGCAGCCCGGGGCACUCCAAGAACAAGCGAGCGCUGGAGCUGGCCAACAAGGACAAGCAGCAGCAGCAGCAGCAGCAGCAACAGCAGCAGCCCAGCUCCGGGGGCCACAAGGAGAAGCAGGCGAGCGCCAGGGAGAACCAGUCCACCAAGGAAUCCAAGCAGCAGGGCGGGGGCGGCGGCCGCAGCAGCGGGGGCGGAGGCGGGAAGGGAUCCUCGCAGGUGGCCCAGACCCCGGCAGCCAGCAGCCUGGCGCCGAUGGGGCGGGGGCAGCCGGGUACCCAGGUGAGGAGCCGGCGGCUGAUGAAGGAGCUCCAGGACAUCUCCAGGCUGAGCGAUCGCUUCAUCUCGGUAGAGCUGGUGGACGAGAGCCUCUACGACUGGAAUGUGAAGCUGCACCAGGUGGACAAGGACUCGGUGUUGUGGCAGGACAUGAAAGAGACCAACACAGAGUUCAUCCUGCUCAACCUCACCUUCCCUGACAACUUCCCCUUCUCGCCGCCCUUCAUGCGGGUGCUCAGCCCCCGGCUGGAGAACGGCUAUGUGCUGGACGGGGGAGCCAUCUGCAUGGAGUUGCUCACCCCCCGGGGCUGGUCCAGCGCCUACACAGUCGAGGCUGUCAUGAGGCAGUUCGCUGCCAGCCUGGUGAAGGGCCAGGGCCGAAUCUGUAGAAAAGCUGGCAAAUCAAAAAAAUCCUUCAGUCGCAAGGAAGCGGAAGCAACAUUUAAGAGUUUGGUGAAGACUCACGAAAAGUAUGGUUGGGUCACCCCUCCGGUCUCUGAUGGCUGAUAUUUGAAAUCCUUGCAUUAGACGCUUUAAAUAACAAAACAAAACAAAACACACAAAUACUAUGACAUCUCCUCCUCAGUGCUGUACAUCCACUCAUCUUUUUCUACGUCAGCUUCUGUUAGAUACUGUACCAUGAAUGUCAAGGAGACAUUUAAGUUAUUUAUGAACAGAUUGUUUACAGAAAGAGAAAGAGGGAGGGAGAGAGUUGGGUAGAAAAAUACUGUUUAGGAUUAUGUUUCAAUAAUAAAUGGUCAUCUCGAAGUCACUUUAGAGUGAAUAUUGAGACGCUAUCAUUUCCCUUCAUUCACCUUGCCCCCAUGCAGUCCACAUUGUCUUUACCUUCUUGCCAUGACAGCUGCACCAAAGAGCAGAGAUGGAAAAUCUGUCCAUUUCUGCUCAGUCCAUUUCAAUGUAAAUGAAGCUGUUCAUCUUUAAUAGGGAAGCAGUGCAUUGCAGAAACGUUUGCUGUGCUGUUUUAUCUUUGUUUUGUUUUCUAGCAAAUCAACCUAACUUGAAAAUUUGUCUUUAUGUGAUGCUAUGGUCUGCUGUGAUUAAAUUUAGACCUCAUUUGUGAUCUCUCUGAUCUUUUGCCUCAUAGGAAAAAAAAAUUCUGACAUUGCCAGGUUCUCUUGGUACAAGAUCAUCUGUAGGAUGAACUUGCCCACUUGGUCAAAAUGUGCUCUCUGUGCUGAUUUUGUGGUAUGCUUUUAUUCACAGAAAAAAACGAGAAAAGACUGGUGAGAUUUCCAAUAAAAAGUGCAACCCCUACUCCAGGAUGGGAUUCAAAGUAAUUAAUUGAUGGUAGAAUAAGAAUGAGGAUUUUUUUCUUUUACUGGUGUAAUGCAGUAUUGCUAUGAUAGCACAUUUGUUUGUUUGCCUGUCAGCUUUCAACUGGCAAACCAUACACAAAAAACUAUAUCAAUUUACGUUCACAAAAGUUAAUAUGACAUUUUAAAAUAUGUGCCAGUGGAUGUGAAAGUCAGAGCUUCAAAAAAGUAAAAUAAGUGAAUUGUAAGAUGAUUUGCAUGGCUGGAUUUUUUUUAACUGAGUAGUCAUUGUAUAUACUUUGAUCCCAAUAUGUGAGAGAACCCACUGCUGUAUAUAAAUGUCCUGUUAUUUAAUCUUUGGGAUUUCAUUUUUCUCUUCUGUUAAAUUACUUAGAACUUUCUUUAAAAAAAUUCCAAGAAAGCAAGAAAUAAUGUUUAUAUUGAUCUUUGAAAAGAGGUUAAAAAUGGUGAUUCCAAAUGGAAAAUAUUACUGGACACAUUUUAAAUAAAAUAACCCAUAUAUGUUACACUGUUUGAAGAAUUCAAUCAUUUGGAGCUACUCUUCCAUUUAAAAUAUUUACCCUAUUAGCAUUUUUAUUCCUGAUACCAGAAAUCCUUAUUGAUUAUAACAGGCAGUCCUGUCAAAAACACAUUGUUGAACUGAUCCCAGCCUAUGUGUUUAAGCCAGUGCUUUUGAUCAAAUUCUCUAAACAGUUGCCCGUCGCAUUUUCAUUAGAGGUGGGAAGGUUGGGGGUAGGGAUUCCUUUUUAGUAAUUAUUUAUGAUGCUUCAGGCAUUUUUGGAUGCUCAGGAGCUCAUUUAUUUGGUUUAAGGCUUUUAAAGUUCAUAGAGACAGUGCUGCAAAGAACAGAUGGUUAUGAGCUACCCAGUGUGGCUUGGUGACUAACAAAAUUCAGUCUUUGCAUUCAGGUGGUCACAUGUUAGCUACUGCUGUUUUUGCUUUUUAAAAGCUCAAAUUUUUCUCAUUAAAAAUAAAUCCACCAUCUCGUUUCAUCAAGCCAGAAGUGACUAUCUUGAGUGUUGUCAAAAGUCUUAACUAUAAGGAGAGAGGAAAUUUGCUCUGUUCAGUUUUCUGCUCAAAAGCACUUGCUUCUUCUAAGAUAGGUAUGAAAGCAUAUGGUAAUGAACUUAAAAGAAGUCAAAUUUGAUCCUCUGCAGUGGAAUUCUCUGUUUGAAAAGUACAAUUUAUGGGAUGGCAUUUGAGUUGUUAGAUAACAAAGAUGAUUUCAUUGCAAUGGAAUUACUUCAUAUUAGAUUUUUGUUUUAAAGAGCCUAUUGCCAAGGAUUUUUAAUAUAGAUCUGUCGUUUCAUCAGUAUAAAGAGUUCCCAAAGAGGAAACUCCCUCUACCAAUCCAGAUCAACAACUAUUUUGUAACCUAUAGUCUUAGAGAGUUACCUGGGGUCCUGAGAAUUAAGUGACUUGGCCAAGAUCACACAGCCAGUAUGUAUCACAGUCAGGACUUGAACCCAGGUCUUCUUGACUGAGAGAUCUGCUCUCUAUCCACUGCACCACGCUGCCUCUCUUUCUUAGGGAUUCUGCCCUACAAAACAAUGAUAAACAUUUUUUGUUCUUUCCCCUUGGUUUCCUCUCAGCAUCUCAAAUUUUUAAGAUGAAAAGCAACCAUUCUUCAUGAAAGCUGUGACCCAAUGCAAGAUUCCAAGGCUUUAUUUAAGGAAACAAAAAUUGAAUACAAGAAUUCUGUGAUACUUUGCUUUUAAAAUAUUAUCAAUUCUUCAAACUUACUGUUUGAGGUACAAAACUUCCAAAUGAAUGUUGUACAAAUGAUAAAACAAUAAAAGUUGUAACCCAGGAGUUUGAUCAUUAUCUUCAACAUUGUUUAUCCAGUACUUAUGUAUGUGAAAGGGGAAAUAGGCUUGGUUUCCAGCAUCUGCUUCCACCUCUGUGUAUGUCUUCUGCACAUUAUUUUAAUUAUAAUUUACAAAAAAUAAGGCAGCAUUGUACAAAACGCCUAGCUCAUUAUGUAUCUGUAAAUCCUAAAUCUGGGCUCCAUUCCUGCUUCCAUCAUUGCCUUCAGGUUUUAUGACAUACUAUGGUCAACAGUGCCUCCAAUUUCCUUACAAGUGAAUGGAAGAUAUCUAGGAGAGAGCUUUAAGUGUACUAAACUUACAAAGCUGUCUACAAGGAGAGCAUCAUUUGUGCCAUUCUUACGGUAAGGAGAAGGAUGUCAAAUGAAAACCAAGGAAUGAGUUGGUUUGACCAAAAAGCCACUGUAACCUGGGGCACAGAAUGAUGUAUCUAUUUUAUUGUUUUUAAAAUUUGGAAAACAUCUGCUCCCCUGAACAUUGGCAACUUUUAUGUCAAUUUUUUUAAUAGUAAAUGAAAAAAUUGCUUUGGCACCAGUGGUUUUCUUAUUGGAAGAUCCUAUUUUCAGGCCUGGAAAGAAUUUUAAUUAAAAAGAAUCCCUCUUUUGUAGUUUAUUAGAAUUUUCCUGCCAUUUCCUUAAAUAAAGGAAUAUUAUUGGAAUAGAAGACAAGUCAUUUUCUUUGUUCUGCAAUAGAUUUUCUUUUUUGUUUGAAGAAGAAAAUUUAGGAGGCAGUAUGGUACUAUGGAAAGAGGAUUGAUUCUGGAAGCCAAGACACUGAGUCUGUAUCCUGGCUUUGUUCUUUAUUAGCAGUGCCCAGAGUCAGGCAAGGCACUUAACCUCUUUGGGCCUCAGUUUUCUGUUCUGUACGUUUUGGAGAUUGGAUUGGAUGAUCUAAAACUAUAAUAUAUUUUUGAAAUUUCUCCAUUAUGUCCUUCCUUUCUCAGGAUCUGGAUGUGUGCAUUCAGUUGUGAGUAGAGCGUAGUUUUCUGGCCUAUAGACAAAUGUGAUCAGUGUUAACCAAGAACAGCUGAGCCUGACUAUUGACCCAUUUUUUUGACUACCACAGGUCAUGUUCUGGCUGUUUGGUCCAAGCAUAGUUUUACAAACCCUGACAUUAACCUUCAUGCCGUUCCUGUGAAAGAGAUGCCUUCUUACUCUCCCCGCUGAGAUAAAGUAGCUUACUCAAGACCCCCUGGAAAGAUAGAGUGAGGUGUUCCCACAAAUAACAGGGAUAAAUAGUGUAGUGCUUGGGAAAGCCAUCACUGCCUCAAGUAAGCUGUAAAAGAAAACCCAGUACAGUGGGUUCAAAUUUUCAUUAGAUACAAGUUCCCAUACAUUCACUUAUUUGGAGUAACCUAAAUGAAUUAGGGGCAGCAAGACCCAUAAAUUCCAGGCUGGGAGGAUGAAGGGGAACCCUCUCACACAGAGACAAAUAUGAGUAUACUUGUGCAUCACCUGAACACCAAGCUCCUUCCCACCACAAUAAUUUGUCUCUGCGUGAUCUCCAUAUUUCUGAUCUUCAGUAUGCUCUCACCAGUGCCAGCCAAAUGCUGUGUACGGUACCCUACUUAAAAACAGAUUGCAAUGAGAAAGUUAAUUUCUAAAUCAGUUUGGAACUUGGAAGAAUUUUCUAAAAGAAACAUUGUUGAAUGGUGAAUAGGUUUCCAAACCAGUCCAUUGUGUACCUGAGCUAGAGUUCUAAUAACAUUGAGCUAAGUUUUGAGUCCUGGGACCUGGGAUAGGGGUCAGAAGGUGGGAUAGAGGAGGGGAGAGGGAAGACAUGGUGUAGGAAGGAGAAGGUAGAGUGCAGAACUAGGUGAAAAUCCUGCUUCAUGCCUUUCAGCAUUUAACUACCAUUUUUUAGUUCCAGUCUCCCCAAACUCCUGGCAGUUGUCUCAUGUAGUUUUAAGUCCCCCAGGAUGACACACCAUCUAAACAUAUCCCUUCUCCCUCCCUCCAUACUUCCCCCUAUUAAAAUUCUUGUUCCUCCUUUGCAGACAAUGAUAAAAGACAUAGAAGUUAAGAUAAUGAUGAUGUCCUUAGAGGAUCAUGAAAAUUUGAUAUGACUAGAGAAAAGUGAAGGCUGGGGAACAGUGAAAUAAAGUCAGACAGGGUAGUGUAGAGCCAUUAUUAUUUAUCUAAACAACAACUCCAUGAAGCAAGUAGAAGCAGCUGUUAUUCUUGUUACAUAUAUGAAAGCCAAGGCACAGAGAGACUAAAUUACACAGUUGGCCAAGGGUGUCAAACUUCCAACUGAGACCUUUUUUUGUUUGUUUGUUUUCCCCUUAGACUACAUUACCUCUGAAAGUAAUCCCGAACCCUGUAGCACACUUACAUUUUAGUAAUGAACUUGAUCCUCUGUCCCAUUGACUGGAAAAUAGGCUCAAGUAAAUCUGACAUAGAAGAGGGUUGGAGAAGGGUACAGCCCAUUAUUUUCACUAUUUUCUCCUUCCUUUCUCCCUUCUUCUAUACAUUUCAUUUAAUUGCUUCACUCCCAUAUUCCUUAGGUGGAGUAAGAGUGAGGUAGUUUGAUCAUGCCAUCAGCCCAAUGGCAUGGUUGAGUGAUCUUCUACAGAAAAGGACAUGAGAAUGGUUAAGUUCUGUUGACAUCUAUGUUCAAAGAAUAUGCACACCAGCAGGGAGCGGGGAAGAAGCAAGGUGAUUAUGUACUCUUUGGGAGGCAGCAUGUUAUAAUGGAAAUAACACCUCUGUGACUUUAGAAAAAUCACUUCCCCUCUCUGGGCCUCAGUUUCCUUAUCUAUAAAAUGAAGGAGUUGGAAUAGAUGGCUUCUAACAUUCCUUCUGGCUCUAAAUUUAUGGUCCUAUGACCUUUAUGGCUAGAACUUUCAGGAAAAUAUGUCCACCAUUUCUAGAAAAUGGCACAGUAGCAUCCUAUUAUAAUACUAAUGAUAGGGGGCAGUAAUAACUCCUGCUUUCUAGGAUUUUUGUCACAAAAAGAUGAGAAGUAACCUUAUAGGCUAACUGUGGAAUAUUGGAUUUUUGCCAAAUGUUGUUCUCUUAGAAUGUAGUAGCUGGAAGAGAAUUUAAAGAUCAUCUAGUCUAAUGCUUCCAUUUUACAAAUGAGGAAACUGAGACCCAGACAGGGGAAAUGAUUUACCAAAGGCCACACACUGGGAUGCUCAAAAACAAAUCUCUUCCCUGAUUUCAGGUUCAAUGUUUUUCAUUAUACUUCAUAAUUACAUUGCAUUAGAUAAGCAUUAUAUUAUAUUAUACUUCUUAGACAUGUUAUUUCAUUGAGUUAGGGAGCUACCCAGGCAGAACUUCUUCUAGCAGUGCAGAUGUACACCUUCUCUGCAACUUGGAGUCUUGGAGAAUUGUCUGGGGCACUGAGAAAUUAGGUGACUUACCCAGUCUCACAGCCAGGAUGUGUCAAGGGUAGGACUUUAACCCAUCUUCCUGACUGUGAGGCCAACUCCUUAUCCACUAGGCCAUGCUGCCUCCCAUAUUAUGCCAUGCCUGAUCCAAAUUCUUGCCAGAACAGAACCUGUAAUAGGGUUGUGCCAUUUUUUAACCAUACAGAAAUAAAGUUUAUGAGGAAAAUGGUCUUAUAAUUGUAAUGAAAAUAUAGAUCAAGUCCAUUAGGCAUUUCAAAUCUAAAUCACACUAAAGAACUUUUUCUUGGGAUCAUUGGAAAGGCAGUGUCCUUCAAAGUUUGAUUGUGAGUUAUUCAAAAUGACCUACCAUUCAUCAAAAGUCAAUUAGAAAAGACAAAGUAUGUGAGAUGGCAUGCCCUACUCAGUGUGUGAUGGAGUUUCGACAGUGUUGUAGCUCUGAGUAAAUGACCUUACACAAAAACUCAUAUUUUUGUUUCGUUUUUAUUUCCUCUGAAAGACAGUGAACUAGUAUAAAAAUUUAGUUCAGUUAUCAGAUGGGAGAUAGCCUCUGAAGUUUAUAAAUCAUUACUUGAUUAAAAGGAAAAUGCUACUGAUAACUUCAGGAACUACCUGAGUAGCAGAGGGAUUACUGCCAAGCCAGUUGGUCUAGAUAAUGUUAGUACUAAAGAAAGCAGCAAGUGGCGAUCAAGUUUAUGACAUCUCUUUUAGCUAAUGUUCUAUAAAGCAUGAGCGAAGUUUUCUGAACAUAAAUGUUAUUGAAUAAGAACUAAAACUCAAAGAGCAAUAUAAUUUUUUGUAGCUCAUAACAGGACCAUACAAAUCAUGAAAUGAAUUGUUAGAGCCCAGACACCCAAACUUUCAUUUGCGGUCAACAUAGCAGUAUAUACUAAAAGAAUAAGCAGAUUUACUAUCUCCUACUGCUAGGUAGCUUUUUAAAGCUUACCUAACUUUGGACAUCACAGUCCAUUUUCCCAUUCCUUCUAUUAACAAAUAAUUAAAUAAGUGACAUAUUGUUCCAUUGAAAUCCUAAGGAGGAAAUAAGCUGAAAAUUAAAACUGGCUUACGAAGGCACUGAGACCAUCACCUCAUUCCCAUUUCAAAUCUGUAUAGAAGUGGACUUUGAUCUAUAUUGAUUUUACAUGCAGAAAAAUCUCUAGUCCAAGAAUUCACAAGGUUUUUAGAGUAACUAGAUGUAAGUUGCUCUGAAUUUAAUUGAAAAUUGCCUCCACUUUGGACAGUCCUUGAAAAGAUCAUAGUUUGUGCGCAUGGACAUGUAACUAAGGAAUAAAGUUGCCUACAACAUAUUCUUCAAAGAACAAUGUAAAAGGAAGUGAGCAGGUACUUAAAGAUGUACUUGUGAUUUAAAGACUGACAAUACAAUGAUUGUGGCUUUUGUAAAUAAGUCACUAGCUACUUGUGUUAUUCUUUGAAAUUUACAGCAUGGGUACAAUAUUACUGUACUUUGAACUUUAGUCAUGUUUCUAAGCAUUUGGGUGUGUAAUGUCAAUUUACAACUUAAAAUUGUGUUUUCUUCUGCGGCACCUAUGUAUAAGUUCAACUGUCAUAUUUUGUGGACACACCAACACUUUUCAUCUCUAAGUCUUGGGCAAAUCAUUGGUGAUACCAUUAACCAAGCUAAAAUAGAAAUGAUGAUAUAACUCA